GCGUGCCGAUUUAGAACACCCUUCCGUCUAAGAUGACAACAAUUUCAAUGUUGACUGCUCUACACAAAAAUUCAAGUAACUAAAUGAAAGUGUGUGUGUGUACAAACAUGAAAAGAGAGAUGCACACAAAGGAAACUUAGUCAGAGAGAGAGAGAGGAAAUGGGCAGCAAUGGCGGAUUCAAGUUGAAAAAAGCCUUGUGUUCUUCUAAGUUCUUCUGGAGAUUUUUGGGUGUGAUCUGUGUGCUGUUUUAUCCUCUUCUACUAUUCUGGUUCUCCGCUUUUCAAUGCACGGAUUCUCCGAGAUCAGUGUUUGAAACAGCUAACAUUUUUUCAAGGCCAAAAGUUUUCUCAUAUAAAGGAGAUCUCCUGAAACUUGGCACAUCCUGGAAUGCCCUCACCUUCACCUCAAAGCCCCCUCAAAAGCACCUGAAAAUCGCCCUCUUUGUCAAAAAAUGGCCAGCCAAAGACAAAGCAGGAGGCCUAGAACGCCAUGCCCUAACUCUCCACAGGGUCCUAGCCCAAAGAGGCCACCAAUUGCACAUUUUCACAGGCCUCCCCACUGAUCCUUCUGCAGCCAUUGAAAGUGACAAAUCCAUGCACUUUCACUUCACAAAUUACUCAGACCCAGUGAACCGAUUCAUCAACAAAGAGGAAGCCUGGUCGAAGUUCCAGAUUAUAACCCGCCAGGUCGGGGGAUUCGACAUCAUACACACAGAAAGCGUGGCUUUGCCCCAUAAAUAUGCAAAGGGUUUGAACAAUGUGGUUGCAACAUGGCAGGGGAUUGGCUAUGAAAGCACACAUUCCAGCAUUGUGCAGGAACUGACCAGGGAUCCGGCUGAUCCGCGGACACCCGCAGUGGACAAGGAGCUGAAGGAUCAUCUUGAGAAAGUUAUCCAGGAAAUCAGAUUCUUUCAGAACUAUAAACACCAUGUGGGCACCAGUGAUUACAUGGGGGAUGUUUUAAGGCGGGUUUACAUGCUACCAGUGGAAAAUGUGCACAUAAUUCUCAAUGGAGUCGAUGAGGAUCGAUUCAGGGCGGAUCCGGGCAAGGGCCGAGCUUUCAGAGUUGCCCAUGGCGUACCGCUGGAGGCUCGACUGGUUUUGGGUAUGAGCGGAAGACUGGUGAAAGAUAAAGGACAUCCUGUGGUUUUUAAGGUUCUGAGAGAUCUGUUCUCUGAUAGACGGAAUUCAGACAUUUUUGUUUUGAUUGCAGGGGAUGGGCCAUGGGCGAGCCGGUACAAGGAACUUGGCCCUAAUGUGAAGGUCCUUGGGCCUCUUGGGCCUGGAGAGCUGGGGGAUUUCUAUAAUGCUUUGGAUCUUUUUAUGAAUCCUACUUUGAGAGCCCAGGGGCUCGAUCAGACGACCCUUGAGGCCAUGCUCUGUGGUAAGGCUGUUUUUGCCACACAUUUUGGGAGUAUUGUGAGGAGUGCUAUUGUUAGUGAAGAGUUUGGAUAUACUUUUAGUCCCACUCAUGAGUCAUUGAAGAAGGAAUUGGAGAGAGUUUUGGAGGAUGGGAAGAGGGUUUUGGAAAAGAAGGGCAGGGCUUGUGGAAAACGAGCUGCUCUACUGUUUACUGCUCAGAAAAUGGCGGCUUCUUUUGAGAGGCUGUUUCUUUGCAUUGCAAAGAAGCCCGAGGAUACUGUUGAUUUCUGCACCUAUCCCCUUCCUGCUGAUACCAUUUGAGAAGUGGUACUGGUUUUGCUCUUGUUUGUAAAAUUUAGUGGGCUUUUGAAAUUUUUUUGUAGCUUUUCUUUAUGGGUUCUCCGCGGGCCAAUGCAAUGCUAAUGCUCUUGUAAAGUAGGUAAAAGUCGGUAGUCACUGAGAAAGCAGUUUCACUUUAAUUCUAUACGGAUUAAAUUGUAGAAGGUAUAUACACUGAUCAAUAAAGAUUAAGAGGUAACCAUUGUCAAUUACAA